AUACAAUCCUCACCGCCCCCACAAUUUCGUCCCUUCCUUUCUUCUUUGUAUCCUUGCCUCCUUUCCUUCUUCUACGUUGCGCCGCUGGCUUUCUCCCGAAGACGAAGUCCGCCGCCGCCAGCUGAAACAUCUUGAAAUCGAGAGUUCCUAGCAUACCUACCUGUUCUCCGGAUACUUUUCCAAGGAAUCAGCCAAAAACGAAACCUGCUGUUGCAAAUCACUCCCUGUUUCGAACCAUGGUGGAGAAGUCUAGUUGUACAGUUUAUAUUGGAAAUGUGGACGAGAGAGUGAUGGAUAGAGUGUUGUAUGACAUUCUCAUUCAAGCAGGGCCUGUGGUCGACUUGUAUGUACCUCGAGACAAGGAGACCGAUAAACCUAGAGGAUAUGCUUUUGCAGAGUACGAAUCGGAAGAGAUUGCCGAAUAUGCUGUCAAGCUCUUUUCUGGGCUCGUAACACUUUACAAAAGGACGCUAAAAUUUGCUAUCUCUGGGCAAGACAAAGCCCCUACCGCUACCCCGACAAGUGGUUCUCCUCCUAUCAGAAUAAAUUUUCCUCAAGUUUCUCCCAAUGCAUCUUCUUCGCGCCAGCACAGAUCACAACAUGAUAGCUCCGAUUACAACUACAGUCGAAGAGCAUUUGGGGGAGCACUGGAUGGCAUCAACCGCACAAGAUCAGGGCGGUAGCCGGGAAACAAAUGAUUCAGGUAAUGAUUAUCCAUCCUUGUUACUGAUAUUCCAUCUGUAGUGUAGACAGAGUAGAGAGAGAGAACUUCUGGUACACAAUGUAGGCAGUGUCCAUAAGUGUAGCAAAGCACCUAGAGAUUGUAGUACAUAUCGGGUUAGAGCUGUUGUCGCUGCGCCGUGCCCGUGGUUUAUUUCUGGAGAGUGGCACCACAAUAUUGUAUUACUCUUGAAGUGUAAUUUUGCAGUGUACUGUUUCAAUUCCGGUUGCCAUUAUGGUUCUAAUGAAA